CUUAGUGGUUAGUGUCAAAUUAUGUCUGUAUGUGUUGGGACGUGUUUGUUAAUUAGACCACAAUUAGAUUUUGAUUAAAAAAAUUGGAUUUUUUAAUUUGGGGAAAAAUGAUUUAGAUUCUGGAACAUUAGGGCAUCCUUUGUGCGAAAGAAGAGAGAAACCAUCGCGAACAUAGACAAAGAUCGUGUAGCUAGGAGAGAUUUUGACGAGCACACGGUAUAGUGCUUGGUGGUGGUUCUCCUAGAUUGCGAACAAUGUACAGUGCUUGGUGGUGGUUCUCCUAGAUUGCGAAGACGGUACAAUGCUUGGUGGUGGUUCAUGCUUCGCGAGUUGGUGUACCCUCUUUCACAGUUGCUUGGCUUAGUGCUUCAUGGUUGUCUCGCUUUGGGUUUUGCUUUGAAUUGGCAAUGUCUUUGAAUCAAGGUUGUUCGUCUUGCUCAUGGGAGGCUCUCGUGGUGGUUCAUCCAGAGGAUUCGUUGGAAGCCCAAUGUGCCAUUGUGGGGAGUUUGUUGUGGUGAGAGUGGCAAAAACAGUUAAGAACAAGGGAAAACAAUUAUGGGGUUGUCCUAAUUACAAGCGGACAAGAAAUGAAGAAUUUCAAGGAUGCAAUAUCUUUAAGUGGCGUAAUGAAGAUAAUGUAGAUGAUGCUGGUAGUACUAUUGCUAGGCAAAGGAGAAAGAUUAAUAGCUUGGAGAAAUGUGUUAUAGGUUAUCAAAAAAGGGAGAAGAUGUUAACAUGGAUGUUAUGUUUUAUGGGGUUCAUUAACAUCAUUCUUCUAUGUAUUUUGUUUAAAAGUCCAUGAUGUGUUCUAUUAGACAGUGUAUGCGAAGAGCACUUUGGCCUUGUUGUAAUAUGAUGUUUCGAAAUGAAUGAGAAAUCUCAAUUGAAG